AUGUCUCGAAAACUUCAAUACAAACUCAUUGAUAUCGGUGCCAAUUUAGGCCAUCCAAGUUUCCGUGAUGACCUUUGUGCGGUAGUUGAAAGGGCAAAAGAAGCAGGGUUAUGUAAAAUAAUGGUGACCGGUACAUCAGUACAGCUUAGCAAGGAGGCUCAGAAGUUGACUGAGCAGUUUCCAAAUUUUUUAUACUUUACAGCUGGUGUCCAUCCACACGAUGCCAAAGAGUUUGAUGAUCAAACGAUUUGUGAGCUGAGAAAACUUUGUAGUGAACCCGGUUGUGUAGCUGUUGGAGAAUGUGGCUUAGAUUUUAAUCGCAAUUUUUCACCUCAAGAUCAGCAAAGAUUGGUAUUUAACGAGCAGCUGAAAUUAGCAUGUGAGUUAAAGAAACCGUUAUUUUUACAUGAAAGAGAUGCACAUCAAGAUAUGGUUGAUGCGCUCAAUAGGUAUAAAGAUCAACUACCUCCUGUAGUUAUACAUUGUUUCACUGGCAAAGCAAAAGAAGCCGAAACAUAUAUCAAAAUGGGAUGUUUUAUAGGACUAACAGGUUAUAUAUGGAAAGAUCGAAGUGAUGAUGGUGUCAAGUAUGCAUUGCGCAAUGGCAUAAUAACUGUGGAAAGACUUGUGUUGGAAUCAGAUGCACCUUUUAUGUACUCAAAAAUUGAUGACAAGAAAAUUCCAGCAGAAAUUCGUAACUGCAUCACAAAUGAAGCACGAAGUAUGCAUAAAUUCACUUCGUUCAAUAGAAAUGAACCGUGUGCCUUACCAGCGAUUUGUGAAUUAGUCGCUGCAUAUAUGGAGGAGAACCCCAUGAAAGUAGCGGAUGUUACUACAAAAAAUGCAAAGCAUAUUUAUAAUUUAGAAUAA